CACCAUCCUGCCAGCAGCAUGAAGCCUGUGCUGCUCCUUCAGCUCCUGCUGGUGAUUCAUCUAGCACCACAGCUGGUGCCUGCGAGUCCCAAGCAACAAUUUAUGAAGUAUAUUUUGGAGCCUCCGCCGUGCAGAGUGGGCCCUGAAAACUGUACUCAUUUCUGUACAAUGCAGGAAGAUUGCCCACAAGGACUUCAGUGCUGCUCUGCCUUCUGCGGGACAGUCUGCACAUUCAACAAAAAUAUAAUCCAUAAAAAGUAA